GUUUUGGCAGCCGGAACACCCCUUCAUCCCGUUUCCUUUUGCCUUGAUCCGCAGCCCCUAGGAUGGAUCCUACGCCCGACCCUAUAGUUGGCCUGGCCUGGGCUUUGGCUUCGGCUGUCCCGCCCCGGGGCUACAGCCCGAUCACAAGCACAGUGGAGGGGACACCUGCCAACUUCGGAAAGGGAUUUGCACAGAAAUCUGGCUACUUCCUGUGCCUCAGUACUGGGGAAACUGGAACUGGCAGCAGCGGCAGCAGUGAGACCCUCCCAGAAAAUGUGGUCACAGAUAUCCAGAUCCUAAAUGAGAAAACACCUCUUCCAAUGGGCUUCACCUAUGUCAGCGAGUUCCUAGAUGCCAAGGCAUCAGUGUCAAAAAAGAAACGGGUCUGCAUGAAGCUGGUCCCCCUUGGAGUGGCUGAUACGGCUGUCGUUGAUGUCCAACUGAGUGGCAAGAGCAGAGUGGUGCCAGGAUACAUGCGUAUUGGGGAAAUAGGUGGCUUUGCACUUUGGUGUAAGAAAGGUAAAAUCUCCAAGCCCCUUCCUAAGCCUCGGAGCAUCAGCUUGGAGAUGAGAGGCCUCUCUCUGGAUAAGUCCAGUGACGGCUCAGAGAAGCUAUCUCCAUUGAGCUCAAGACAAGGAACCAUAAGGAGGAGUGAUUCCAUCUAUGAGGCGUCUAGUCUAUAUGGCAUCUCAGCCAUGGAUGGGGUUCCUUUCAUCCUGCACCCCAAGUUUGAAGGCAAAGACAAUGGUCCAACGGGCUCCUCUGCUUUUGCAGACCUGACCAUCAAAUCUCUGGCUGACAUCGAGGAGGAGUACAACUAUGGCUUUGUGGUGGAGAGGACAGCGGCGGCCCGCCUGCCUCCCAGUGUCUGCUAGCUCCCAGUAGAAGAGGGAUCAGCCUUCAGGAUUCUGGGAUGGCACAGCCAGUGCAUUGCUGACCACAGUGCCUUUCUUCUUCUUCCUCUUGCCCUCCUUGCCCCUUGGGUGACACUACAUUCCAUGGUCCCUUCGGACAUCUGGAAGCCUGCAGCCUGUCUCAGAAUCUCUGGGACAGGCAGCUCAGCCCCUAACAGGAGCUUGAAAGUUUGCCACUAAUAGUGCCUGGUGAAGGUGUGGGGAGAGAAGGGGUCUUAAGCUACUCUGCCAAGUGAGAGAUUAUGCUCUAGCAAGGGUGUCUCCAAGGGUUCCCUGCCCCAUCAGGCCUUGAGUUGAUAUGUCUCUGGGCAGGCAGGGAACAAAAUGUGUGCCUUGGACUUUUUUCCCCUGGUGAUAAGCCUGCAGGACUGGCUCAAUUUGCUCUUAGCAAUAAAGACUUCUCCUUGA